AACAGACUAUCCCCUGUGCACAAUCUAAUUCCACCCACGAGGUUCGUUUCCUAUUGAUCCCCGGAAUUGCUUUAACACGAUAGAAUUGAUCCCUUUAUUCAUCUAUUGUACCAGAGCGUACGUAAGAACCUACGUAAGUAGAACGUACUUGUACAAGUCAGGCAUUACAUUGAGCCAUUUUAUUUUCGAUUUGAGUGAACGAGACUGGGUAGCUCCAUUAAAAAUUAUAUUGCAUUUCCAUUAAUAAUUAUACUCAACAUAAAGAUUUUUAUAUUUAACGAUAUAAAUUUUGUUGAGAGAUGUUUACGGCUGGACAAUAUAUACGUAAAGGGAGAGUGGCGGAAAAACUAUUUUUCUGGUAUUUAUGUGAGGUGUCAGGUGUUUCAAUCCCCAGAAAAAAAAGCCUGCGAUUAUUUUUCAAACCACGGCCUUCAGAGCAGUCAACGAAAGCUGUCAAAAUUUAGUGUCCACCAGUCAGUCAGUGACACCCAUAAAUUAAGAAAAUUCACAAUUAUCAAUUUUCAAAAUGUAACUUCCAUAAUUCGUCGGAGCCUAUCGAUCGUAAAUCAUCCCCGAAAAUUUCUAGUCUUGCAAAAGUCCGUCGAGCCCGAAACAAACAAUGAUCAACACUCCUGGAAAAUUCCUGCACUUGGUGGUAUCAGCGAUAAAGAACCUGCAGGAGCGAAAAGGUUCGAGUUGCCGAGCGAUAGUAAAUUACAUCUCAUCCCUGUGCGACAUACCCCGAGAUAUCGCUCAACGUCAGGUUUUGACGGCCCUAAAACGGGGUACAACACAUGGAAUUUUGCGAGAGACAGAUGGCCACUACUGUUUACCAACCAGUGGUUCCAGUGAGUGCCUCGAGAUAGCUACCCAAGAGUUGGGAUUAUUGGAUCUCACCUGCAGGAAGCGGAAACAAGAGGCGAGAAAGCGAAAGAGUAUGAAGGGCUCCUGUGGUAGUGCAAUGCGGAGGAAAAAAUCGAGGAGCCGCAAAAGAAGGUCCUCCAGGAGCAAAUCAAGAGGAUGUGCCGGGAGCAGGGGACGAAGUCGAAAGAAAAGCAGGGGGCGAAGUCGAAAGAGGAGCAGAGGACGAGGUCGAAAGAGGAGCAAAAAUAGAGCGAGGAAGAGUCGGAGCAAGUACAAUUGUGCCACCAUGAAGAGUCGGAGCAAAAAGAAAAAGAGAAAGAGCAAGAAGGACAAAAACUGCGCCUGUCCACCCAAGCCCGCUGCUCAGAACGAUCAUAAAUGUGCCUUAAAUUUUCCUGAGUAAAGUUAUCAUCGAUCUGCGAAACCUACGAUUUUUUUUUGUACUGUCCGAUUUUUUCGGAAAGAUUGCCUAGUUUUUAUGCGAAAAUUCGGGAUUAAAUUGAGGUGAAAUUUAUGGUCUGCCUCGUUUAUUUUUCUAUUCGCGCGUCUGACUAUCGAUUUCGUUAAACUGAAACCGGAGAGGAAUGAAUUUAUUGAUACUGCCGUGGGUGAAAUCGAAUAAAUAUUGA